UACUCUUAGAAACAGUGAACCGUCUUUCCCAAAGUCAAUUGUCAGUUUUCAGAUGUCCAUGUUUCAAGACAGCAAGCUUAAAGCUUUACAUCUAACUGCAAUGGCAAUAUAACUCUACUUUGAGUUUGAGCCUCUCCUACGUUUCUUUUUAAGGUUUUCAGUUUCAGAGAGCAAGAGCAAGAGAGAGAAUGGCAAGUGAUGGUAAGGUGGUGGUGGAGAAAGUGGGAGAGAAAUCAUCAGUAACAAGGUGCUUCUCAAAGUACCCCCUCAAGUUCAUCAUUCCCAGAAAGGUUGGUCCCUCCAAAACUGACGCUGUUUGGAUUUACAGCCUCACAUAUGGUGGUGGAGUUGUUUCUGGAGAUUCUAUUUCAUGUGAGUUUACCAUUGGAGAUGCUUGCACCACUGUCCUUACAACCCAAGCUUCGACAAAGGUAUACAAGUCUAUGGGAUCCAAGUGCUCUGAACAAGUCUUAGAGGCAAGUAUUGGGAGUGAUGCUCUAUUGGCUGUCGUUCCAGACCCGGUGACAUGUUUUUCCACUGCAAGGUACUCUCAGAAACAAGUCUUCAGGGUGGUUUCAGACUCAAGUUUGGUCAUUGUAGAUUGGAUUACCAGUGGGCGCCAUGAAAGUGGAGAAAAAUGGGAUUUUGAUCUUUAUAAGAGCACUAACCACAUAUUCUUAGAAGACAAUCAACCAUUGUUUCUUGAUACGGUGCUUCUGGAGCGAGGAAGCAUAUCCUCUAUUGCAGAGCACAUGCAGGACUACCAAGUAAUUGCAAUGGUUGUACUCUUGGGGCCAAAGCUGAAGCAAGUUCAGGACCAAGUUCAAAAAGAUGUGAAGAGGAUAAUGUCUGAGCAAUUACACAUUCCUUCUGCUUCAUUGGGACACCAAGUAAUAACAAAAUCUGAUCGUUUCUUGAUGAAACCAAGCUUUAUUGCUUCCACCAGUGUCUUUGGUCCUAAGGGAAUAGGUGUUGUUGUUCGUAUAGCUGCCAUGACAACUGAGUCCGUUUAUAAAUUUCUGCACCACCAAUUGGCUUGCCUGGAGCCCCUGCUUGGGAUGUCACCUUAUCGUUAAACAUGCAGGGAGAAUGUGUUUCUUACAGACAAAGUUGUUAGUGGCACCAAAGCCUUGUUUCUAAUGUUCCCAGAUUACUACAUUCCAGUUCGACUGUACUGAGCUGACAUUAGCAUGGGCUUGUUUUAAUAUAUACUUCAUCAUUGUCAGGUUCCCAAACUACUACAUUCCAGUUCGACAACAUUUUUUUGCAUGCUGCUUUUGCAACAGAGCAAGAGUUAACAGUCCAUGGAUUGGUGUCUUGCAAUAAUUUAAAGAUUUAUAAAUUGGAUUCUGGGUUCAAUAAUGUUGUUUAAUCUGGUCUUUUCUCUAA